AUGUCUUCUACCGACUCUCCCACGUUCUUCCUCAACCUCUACACCAACGACCUCGGAGCCGCAACAGCCUUUUACAAAGCCAUUGGUUUCGUGCAUUUGCCGGUUUGGUCCGACGAAAAAUCCGUCAGUUUCACGCUCCCCGCCCCCAACGAUAAAGUGGCCCUCAUGAUCCACACCGUUCCGCGCUUCAAGGAGUUUAUCCGUCCGAGCUCGGACGUGGCGGAUCCCAAGAAAGCCACCCAGGCAUUGUAUUCGUACUCGGUGAAGACAAAGGAGGAGGUGGACGUCGCGUUGGAGAAGGCUGUAGGAGCUGGCGGGGAGAAGGAUCCUUUUGUUUUGGAGGGGCAUGGUGAGGAAACACCCAGCCUACCAGUCACCCGAUCCAGCCAAGAAACGAUGGAACUUGAUGAGAACCACUCCCCGGCGACAGGACCCGGCGACGACGCCAAUGCGGCCCGCCAUGGCCCAUACAAGCUGCCCCCGGAACUUGUUUUUAUGGUCCGAGACUUCUUGCCCACAACUUCGCGCGUGGCUUUUGCGCUCACUAGCAAGGAUUUCCUCGCCACUCUCUAUCCUGGAGGCGAACUGCCAAAACUGUCAGAGGAAGAAACCGCGGAAUUUCUUACCUUCCUCGAGAGGGACGCUCCUGGGCGCUUUUACUGCCACCUGUGUCAGAAGCUCGGGCGGUUUGACCCAUCCCUCGAGGCCGACUGGAAGAAUCAAGAGCAUGGACGUUGCCAAUUAGAGCAUGAUUAUGUCGAGAGCGUCGCUCAGAGCACGCAGGGCCUAGCAGAGUUCUCGGUGUCUUUGACGGAUUAUAUCAGCGAUGGAGCUUCGUUCGACACUCAAAUUCGACACUUGUACCAGUGGAAAGUAGGAGAGGCGAAACGAGGUGGUGACUGGCAUCGCAGUCUGUUUGAUGACGAUUUCUGCCUGUCAUAUCCGCUGGCCCACCUCGUCAUGAAUCGUCACUUGUACGGCGAGGCCUACGGGUUGCCUCCCCAUGUGCUCGAAAGGGACCAAACGAGAACAGUUUCCCUUGGGUGGAAGGAUCCGAUUUUGGACAAUGCACGAGUCGGGGAAUGCUUCAUCCUCUCAGAAGGGGGAGAAGCUGCCGCCGAGGCAAUGGAGAAUCUGACUCUCUGGCCUUCAAUCUUCAGUGACGACCUGGACUAUGACUCCGCGACGGAGGGGCACGAAUGGGGGUUUCGGCGCCAGUUCAAAGUGAAGAUCCUGGACAAUAAUCUCUACUUGAGUGCAAUCUACAUCGUUUGGGGUCCGCCAGUCACCAAAGCGAAACUCCGGUCCGUCCUCGCCCAGUCACAGAUUCACAUCUGUCCGCACAUGGAUCUUCCGGAGCUGAACGCCCGCCUCUUUCCAGAUACUGAUUUACUUGAUUUCGUCGGAUCGCGUGCUGUGCCUCCUGGUGCACGAAGGGCCAGGGUUCGACAACCUCAAACGACUAGGAUCAUCGAUAUGUGGAACUAUGUUCGAUCCUUCUUUGCCCAACCGCAAACACAACGACCGCCCCCUUCGCUGGUAACCAUCACGGGCAUCAGAUUUCCAGCCGAUCGGUCCAAGCCGCACCUUCUCUCUCUCACGACAACAACCGAUGGAGUGGAGGAUGGGCCAGAUUGUUUUUGGGGCCACAUACCCGACUUCCGAGACUUUUGGAAGACACCGCAAGCAUGGCAAUGGCGAGACGUGGAGACUUUCAGACUCGAAAAGCAGCCCCUCGACAGCUGUAAUGGGUUGUACGUUCUCUUCUAUUCCUUCGACCUUGAAUCGCUGCCCGAGAAUCGAAACUUCCCAGUGGCCAUUUAUGGAAGGGAGCGGGCUUUCGCUGGCGAUGCGUUUGUUGUCAAACUCAAGGGCAAUGAGAUUGGAUCUGAUUUGGGUGAGGAUGGAUACGCUCUCUGGGAUGAUGUGCCCUCGGAUAUCUUGAAGUUGCCUGUCAUGAAGAUUUGA